CGAGAAGCAAAAGUGCUUCACUCCUAUCUUAUCCAAAACCCAUCGGCAAUCUUCCGUCCUUUUUUCUAUCUUCCCUGAUGGAGAAGCACCCACUCUUCAAUCCUCUUUCCUCUCUAAAAAUCCCAGCCCUCUCAAAAUGCUCGCUUUUGCAUUCCAACCCCUGAAUCUUUCUCCUUCAAACCCCUCUAAAACCCUAAAUUCUAGAACCCCGAUCCUAAAUACCCAAUUCAAGUCCCAGCUUCGAGCUCCUCAAGACAACAAGACGAAAACCCUAACCAACAAGAACCAGACGAAGAAGAAGAAGGAGGUUAUCCUCUUCGAUUCUAAACCCCCGCCAUUGUCAGAAUCAAAGAGCUCUAUCAAUGGCGCUGCCAGAAUUGGGGAAUUUCCUCUUUCAGGUCUCUUCAAGAGACUUCCAAAGAGAGUUCUUGCGGUCCUCUCUAAUCUACCGCUGGCAAUUGGAGAGAUGUUCACAAUUGCGGCCCUCAUGGCUCUGGCAACGGUUAUUGAUCAAGGAGAAGCUCCUGAUUACUAUUUUCAGAAGUAUCCUGAAAAAAAUCCAGUUCUAGGGUUCUUCUCUUGGAGAUGGAUUCUGGGACUUGGGUUCGAUCACAUGUUCACAUCGCCCGUGUUUUUGGGCAUGUUGGUUCUCCUUGCAGCGUCACUGAUGGCUUGUACAUACAACGACCGGCAGACCCAAAUGGUAUAAGCCUUGCUAGGAGGUGGUCUUUCAAGCAUUCAGCUGAUUCUAUUCGGAAGCUGGAGUUUUCUGACUCUCUUCCACAAGCGUCAGUUCAGGAUUUGGGUAUAAUUCUGAUGGGUGCUGGAUUUGAGGUAUUUGUAAAAGGGCCUGCUUUGUAUGCUUUCAAGGGAAUGGCUGGUCGCUUUGCUCCCAUUGGGGUGCAUCUAGCAAUGCUUCUAGUCAUGGGUGGAGCAACUCUUAGUGCUUGUGGAAGCUUUCGAGGCUCUGUAAAUGUUCCUCAGGGCCUGAACUUUGUAGUUGGUGAUGUCAUGACUCCUAAUGGCUUUCUUUCUACUCCUAUAGAAGCCUUCAACACCGUAGUUCAUGUCAACCGAUUCUAUAUGGACUAUUAUGAGAGUGGUGAGGUUUCACAAUUUCACACUGACUUGUCAUUAUUUGACCUUAAUGGGAAGGAAGUCAUGAGGAAAACAAUUAGUGUUAAUGAUCCUCUGAGAUAUGGUGGGAUUACAAUUUAUCAAACGGAUUGGGGUUUUUCAGCACUCCAAGUGACAAAGAAUGGUGAGGGUCCAUUCAAUUUGGCUGUGGCUCCUUUACAAAUAAAUGGUGACAAGAAGCUCUAUGGGACCUUUCUGCCUGUUGCAGAUGAUGAUUCCUCUAGUGUGAAGGGAAUAUCAAUGCUUGCUCGUGAUUUACAAUCAAUUGUCUUGUAUGAUCAAGAGGGGAAAUUUGCAGGGGUGCGCCGACCUUCUUCAAAACUUCCAAUCGAUAUUGAUGGUAUAAGAAUUGUGAUAGAAGAUGCAAUUGGCAGUAGUGGUCUUGAUCUAAAGACGGAUCCUGGAGUGCCUGUAGUCUAUGCUGGGUUUGGUGCUUUGAUGCUUACUACUUGCAUCAGCUAUUUAUCUCAUUCUCAGAUAUGGGCAUUGCAAGAUGGAACCACUGUUGUUAUUGGAGGGAAGACUAACCGAGCCAAGCUUGAGUUCCCUGAUGAGAUGAAUCGCUUACUUGAUGAAGUACCUGAGCUAGUUGGCAGCAGCGAUAGCGUGACGAGCUAAUAUGUUUUCUUCUCAGUUCUCCACUUUCAUACAGUUCAAAGUUGAUUAAUGACAACUUUUGGGAUGGUUGAGGUUGAAGGAGAUAGACAGCAAGAGUUAGAUCGACAGUUGCAUUUCUGAGAUUAAGGGCUUGAACUCCAACGGGAUUGAAGUCUAGGCCAAGGCUAGGGUUACAACGAGGGAGCUCAAAGGAAAUUAGACACAGCUA